GGGGUGCGGGCGGGACCCCCGGCCACCCCAUGCCGUGCCCCGGCCGCGUGUAGGCGCCGCGCGGCCCCGACCCGCGGUCUCCCGCGCCCUCCCGCGCCCCGCGCGCUCCUGUGCCUCGGGGACCCCGCGCGCUUGGCGCUGGUGGGGGCUCCCCAGGUGACCGCGGGGCGGGGGUCCCGGGCUUGGCCCUCCCGGCCGACAGCAGCGCCCGCGCCCCGCGCCGGAGGUGGGGCCGGGGCCAGGGUCGGACGGAGCGCGCAGGGCGGGGGAGGGGAGGCCGCCCCACGGCGGCCCGCGGGGACCCGGUUCCGGCGCGCGCGGGAGGCGCCUCGUGCGGAGGCGGCCCGAGGCCUAGUGACAGGCGCGCGGCGCGGACCCCGGAAGCCCACCUGUCAGAGUUACCGGUCAGCCGGGCGGGCGCCGCCGGGGUCUGGGGUGGACGCCGCGAGCCUGCACGUUGCGCCGGGACCCUGGGGCUGCGCCCAGAAAAAUCAUUUUUCUUCUCUGGGAAGGUGAACAUUUGUAGCAUUUAUUUCCCGGAUCUGGUAACAUGGCAAAAGAUGCCGGUCUAAUUGAAGCCAACGGAGAACUCAAGGUCUUCAUAGACCAGAACCUCAGUCCCGGAAAAGGCGUGGUGUCCCUCGUGGCCGUUCACCCCUCCGCUGUCAACCCGCUCGGGAAGCAGCUCUUGCCAAAAACCUUUGGACAGUCCAAUGUCAACAUUGCCCAGCAAGUGGUAAUUGGUACGCCUCAGAGACCGGCAGCGUCAAACACCCUGGUGGUAGGAAGCCCACACACCCCCAGCACUCACUUUGCCUCUCAGAACCAGCCUUCCGACUCCUCACCUUGGUCUGCCGGGAAGCGCAACAGGAAAGGAGAGAAGAAUGGCAAGGGCCUGCGGCAUUUCUCCAUGAAGGUCUGCGAGAAGGUGCAGAGGAAAGGGACCACUUCCUACAACGAAGUGGCGGACGAGCUGGUCGCGGAGUUCAGUGCUGCCGACAACCACAUUUUACCAAACGAGUCAGCUUAUGACCAGAAGAACAUAAGACGGCGCGUCUACGAUGCCUUAAACGUGCUGAUGGCCAUGAACAUCAUCUCCAAGGAGAAGAAGGAGAUCAAGUGGAUUGGUCUGCCCACCAACUCUGCUCAGGAGUGUCAGAACUUAGAGGUGGAAAGACAGAGGAGACUUGAAAGAAUAAAACAGAAACAGUCUCAACUUCAAGAACUUAUUCUACAGGUAAGAGAAUACGUAUCUUUGGAGGCAGGGUAAUUUUUAUUUUACUAAUUUCGUUUUAUAACAGCAACAUACUGCCUUGGGUUACGCUCCUGUGUGGCAAAUCAAAUGACUGCUUUAAGAUUCUGAGUGUGAGUUAAUCUCAUAGGUGUUGAAUGUGGGCCGUGUUCCCAGAGC